AGCAAGUGUCGUUGUAUCUUUUAGACAUUGUCUCUGCUCAUAAGGUUUAUAAAAAUAAUUCUAACCAAAGAUAAAACAAACCUAACCCCCAAAGGGCGUAAAUAUAAGGUUACAAUUUAAAUAACACUUUUAAUGUUCAAACCUGACACCGGAAGUAAACGCAAAGCUCCCGCUUCUCUCUGGCAAUGUAACCAUAGUGAUGGACACGCGUGACUGGGACAAGACGCUCUCCCUUUUGCAGGCGUGGGCACGCGGACGUCUGGUGAGGGCGGAGCUGCGCCGUGCACAAGUGGACUUUGAGGAGGUCGUGAAAGAGAUUGAUGGCACUUUGGCCCACUUGAGGUGGAGGGACGCCAUCAUCCCCACCCCCCACUUCACAGACACGGAUGGUCCCCUACCCAGGAAAGAUCCAGGACCAGAUGUCGGCGCCUGCUCACAAAACCCAGCAUUGGGAGAUGCAGCUCCAUUGUCUGAAGGCAGAGGAGGAAGUGACCGUCUGCAUACAAUAGAAGCGCAAAAAGACGGCUCCGGAGUUAAACAACAAACAAGGGGGUGUUUACAAAGCAGCAGCGUUCUCGAAGCAGGUCAGAACCUGAGCUCUGAUGAGGUUUUUGGGAGCACUAUGGAUUCCACCUCCAUCUGGACCAGCAUGGACAGUCUUCCCCAUAAAGGUCCACUACGGUACUGCUCAGCCCAAGAGGUGCCCCCUGAUCCUGAGGCCCUGCGUUGCCAUAGAGACGCUCUGACCAUGGAGCUGCUGUGGCUGCAGCAGGCCAUUGACAGCAGGAAAAAGUACUUGUCUCUGAAGAACAAACUGAGCUUGGGUUGAAGUGGACCUUGGAGUGCAUAUCAAUGCACCAUCAAUGAAUUGCUUACACAUUUUUUUAUACAGGCAAAAUGGCUUAACUGUAUAUUUUGUAUUAUAUUGUAUUUGUUAAUAUAAAACAUGAAUAAAUAUAUAUAUAUAUUUUC